UUCUAUUGUGGAAGCUUAGGGACUGUUAAGAGGUCAAGACCAGUGGCUUGUGUCACGUGUGACUAAGGUAUUCCCUUGCCUUUAUUAGCUGCGGGGCCGGCUUGUCUCCCAGACCACACUUUGACAGGACAUCCUGCUCACCCGGGAGCUCACCCCGUUCACCCAUAUCGCGCGAUUGGCCGAAAAGGGUGAGCAAACCGUAUAUUCUCAUUGCAGUCUCCAUCUACGUCUCUGCCUAGCCAUGAAUUUACUCCGAAAGGCAAUAGAUACAGCCGCCACUAUUGGCCGAGUAGCGGACACAUACACCACACGGCCACUCCGUCUCGUGUGCCCGGUUUGCAACAACCUUAGUCCGCAUGGCCAUUUCGAGAGUUCCGACAAGUCCCUUGGCUUCUUCGAUAACUCAACUAUAGAGCAGCGGCAAGCGGUACACUCUGGGGCGGUCUGGCUGUUUCUGGAUGUCGAGGUCAAGAAGGUAUUGAGAGCGGCAAAGGGAUACGCCCGUUCUGUUCCAUCUUGUCUAUACUGCAUCUUGCUGCUCAACACACUCAAGCACUACUUUCCAGAAUGGUUUUCCAAUGAUGUGGCCGAAGAGGACGAGGAAGUCUCCAGCUCCCAGUUUGAUUAUGGCCUAACCUCCGACGGCGAGACAGAAAUAUCCUUGCUGCUCGUUCAAGGCCAGCCUAUUAUAGUUCGAACAUAUGCUUGGUCUUCCCAAAUGGGUUCUUACGUUUUCUCUUUUGAGAUACAAGAGAUGCAAGGACAUACAGAGAACCCACAUCGUCUUAUGCCAAAUUGUGGCAGUUUCACAGACCGUAGUACCCGAUCUGAUGAUACGGAGGUUUGGGAAUUCAUUCAUGGCCGUGUCCAAGAGUGCAAUGAUCAGCAUGUCUCUUGUCAAGCAUCCAAAGCACCAGGACCCCUCCCGAAGAGGUUAUUAGAUAUUGGAUCGGAGUCUGCCUCGCCCAGACUACAUGAAACAAGCAAUGGGCAAAAAGACGUCUAUAUUGCACUCAGUCACUGCUGGGGUCAAGAUAACCCACUUCGGACCUUGACUAGUAACCUGGAACAAAUGAAAUCUGGAAUCAACUUCGAGGAUCUAAACGACAUAUUCAAGGAUGCUAUCACGACCACAAGAAAUCUGGGUAUCCGCUACAUCUGGAUAGACUCAUUGUGCAUCAUUCAGGAUAUGUGGGAGGAUUGGGACGAGCAAGCCUCGCAGAUGGCUCACAUAUAUGAGCGUGCCUACGCCACUAUUGUGUCUGGAUCCUCGCCUGGACCUAGCACGCCGUUCUUGAAUGAAAGAGAUGCAUCCUGGCAAAGUUGGAGCCUGAGACUUGGCUCUGGUGAUAAUACGCAUCAAUUUCACAUUCGUCGGAAGGUCUUGCCCGUCAUCGAGAUCGCUACCCGAGCUAGCUAUGCAUCUGCCGACUGGAUUGAACGUGCCGCACAGAGCUCAUCUCGUUCAGCCCUCAAUUAUAUAUGGGACGGUCAUCUCUACACACGUGCCUGGUGCUUCCAGGAACAACUGUUGGCCAAGAGGUUGAUCCAUUUCGCCCCCGGAGCAAUAAUUUGGGAAUGCCAGGUACACAGAGUAGUGGAAGCAGAAGAGCCCGUGCCGAAAGAGCUGGACGACACGACGGCAGAUCCUCAAGCCAACACAUCUCGCGCAUCUAGGGAAGUUGAUCAUACGAAGGAAUGGCACAACGAUGUCACGAAUUACAGUCGCCGAAACCUGACUUUCGCUACCGAUCGCCUCGUUGCCCUUUCUGGAGUUGCAACAUCUAGGGCUCGGAAGACAGGCGAUCGCUAUCUGGCAGGAUUGUGGGAGUCUUCUUUAUUCUGGGACUUGCUUUGGCACACAAGGCCAGGAAUUGAUAUGCCCGUGCCUGAGCGAUCCAUCGCCCCUUCGUGGUCAUGGGCAAGCGUCGGGGGGCCAGUCUUGUGGAAUUCACAUGCGCCGAGCAAUAUUAUGGCUACCUACGCAUCAGCCAUACGUGCUGAGACCACACCCAAGUCUACCGUCAGUCCGUUCGGAGACGUUGACGAUACUGCUUUCGUGGUAGUGCGAGGGCUUGCAGUCGAGGCCCGUAUUACGAUGGACGAGAAGAUGGCCGAGUGUGGAGAUGCUCGCAUAGUCGGCAGUUGGGAGAAAGAAGGUUCGGGCCACUUCUUUCUUCCCGAUGUCCGGUUAUACGAGGCAGAUGGCCUGCUCGAAGGUGGAGAGACUGUGAAAACAUUCAGGGGGGCUGAGUCUGGAGAAGAGUAUGAUCGGUAUGAAGGCACAGAGGAGGGGUAUCUUUGCUAUGACAUGGAAGUAACGAUUCUAUGUUUUCUACGCACCAAGGCGUUAGACGUCGUUGGCUUGGUUCUUGGAAGAUCGACCACGGUUCCGGGAGCAUACGUCAGGCUCGCUCCGGUGUGGAAACUCCCCGCUUCAUACGCAAAGAGGGGAGUAGAAAAAACGAUCACUAUUGUCUGAUAUCGUCUGAGUCAAGCCGAGGGCAAUGCAGUCAUGGGCCCAUACUUGUCACGUUUGGUAGAGAUGGCGCUAGACGUGAAGAAAAGAAAUACAUCAAUUGGAGUUUGCUGCGGACCUGGUACGAAUACCAGAGUACAUUAAGACAACAGAAAUCCUAGUCACAAUCUUGUACUUGAUCUCUGUGUCCAGCUCUCACAGUCGCAGAUAGUUGUUUCAUAAGCGAGCUACCCACCUGGAGCUCAGGAAGGGUC